UUUGUAUAUCUUGCUUUUUAAAAUCAGACUUGACAUGCAUUGUGCAGCCUUUACUCAAAGAAUGUCCCCCGAGAUAAAUGUAUUUGCUUAAUCAGACAAAAAUCCACAAUAACACAAAGGAUCUUGUUGAUCAUGGUAACUACUAGAAAUAAACAGUGAUCAUAAAGAGUUGUAUUUUUGCAUGAAAAAUCAUUGCACUAGUUGUACAGCAAAUAGCAUACACGGAUUAUGACUACACCAGGUGAAAUGAAGAAAUGAUCUCUUCAUCAUCAUCACACUUGUCAAUGUGUGGGAUAUGUUAAACAAUCAAUCAGUGAGUCGAGUUUAUUUAUAUAGCACAUUUAAGCAACAAGUCAGUUCAACGUUCUUUAUGUCAUAAAAACACACAAAUAAAAAGUCCUGAAAAAAACAUACUGUCAACAAUUGAGAAACCAGUGACAAAUAUUACAGUUUGACGAACGCCAUCAUCAAAACCAUCAACACGCGUCAAAUAUGUUGGUCAAUAUUCCCUUUAUUAUAGUUCAAAGGCAACUCUGAACAGGUGGGUUUUUAGCUUUGAUUUAAAGUUAAGCCUCAGUUGAAUAUUGUGUUGUCAGAGCUUAUGCAUUAGAUAUAAAAUUAUUUGAGUGAGUUCAACACAGAAUCAGAUUAUGACGACUAGACAAUUCAGCCCAAUUCCAAAAACUUAAGCUGUUAUGCGACGGAUCAGUGGCAUUGAGUGACCGAGGCUUACUGAUGGGAGAGCAAAGAGUGUGCCGCAUCCGACCCAACAGCAAGCAAACAAGUUAUGUUACUGCCGGUUCUGACAGAACGAUAGAAGGAGUUCAUUGUGCAGAGAUGGCCAUGGUAUGCCUAACGGACUUUGAGGAGUACGCAAAGGCACAUCUUUCAAAGGCCACCUGGGAUUAUUACGCAGCCGGAGCAGAUGAAUGCUGCACGAGAGACGACAAUCUGCUGGCUUACAAAAGGAUCCGUUUGAGGCCUCGCAUCCUGCGGGACGUGUCAGUGAGUGACACGCGCACCACGGUGCAGGGGAAAGAAAUAAGCUUUCCCGUCGGCAUUGCGCCAACGGCCUUCCACUGCCUGGCCUGGCAUGAAGGCGAGGUGGCUACAGCUCGUGCCACCGAGGGUCUCAACACCUGCUACAUCACCAGCACCUACUCCACCUGCUCAGUGGAGGAGAUCGUUGCGGCGGCGCCCAGUGGCUACCGCUGGUUCCAGCUCUACGUGUACCGGGAGAGGAAGCUGUCCGAGCAGCUGGUGCACCGGGUGGAGGCGCUCGGCUACAAGGCGCUGGUCCUCACGGUCGACGUGCCCUACACGGGAAAGCGCCGCAACGACAUCCGCAACCAGUUCAGGCUGCCGCCGCACCUCAAAGUCAAGAACUUUGAGGGAGUUUUCGAGGAGACGAGCGUCCCAGAGGAGUACGGGAUACCGGCCAACACCUUGGACCCGUCUAUCAGCUGGAAGGACAUCUACUGGCUGCAGUCUAUCACCCGCCUCCCCAUCAUCAUCAAGGGCAUCCUGACCAAGGAAGACGCCGAGCUGGCCGUGGAGCACGGCGUCCAGGGUAUCAUUGUGUCCAACCACGGGGGGAGGCAGCUGGACGGCGGCCCAGCGUCGGUACAUGCUAAACACAUUCCUCAUAACUUCACCUUAGAAAAGGAAUUUGUCAUAAACAGUCAUACAGUGUGA